AUGAGUGACCGAUACAGCAGACAUUCACGACCACGAUCACCAACAUACAAUCCAGCACGAGCAAGUCUCCCAGUUGACUUGUCAUACAAUAAUCAUCCCUCGACAUCGCACACCCACCAUCAUCAUGUCGUACCCUUAUCUCGACACGAAAAUCCUCGAAGCAGCGGCACAAGCUUUAAUUCUUCUAAUGUUCCCAUCACUACGACAACCUACAAAGUCAAACCUGACCAUCGCUCUACUAGCAGGACUCGCAGCAAUACGGUUGAUGCUCGACCAAAUGCACAUACCACAUUCACAUCGAUUCCAAAGCAUCCAACGGUUGUUCAUAGUUCAGGUGUGAGACCUGCCAGUCCAUCCAUCAAGAACCCAUACCGCGCCAGUCAGGAGGAAUAUUACACAAUCCCAGCUUCAUCUCGCAAUGAUAGAAGUUCUCAUCACCACGACAGAUACAGUGCUUCUAUGGACAAUGCCGAUAUGAACAGGUUGUCUAGAGAGCCCCAGGGACAUAGAGAACCGAGUCAUCUUCGAAUUGGUAUUCCUAGUCACAGAGACGUUCCAUCGUACAUUGCUACCCCAACAACUGCUUCAUCAUACAUACCCACUCCAAUAACUUCAUCAUAUGGUACCCCGGCAUCUACUCCAUCGUACGCUACGACAACAACUAGCACCAUACCUCGUGGACCAAUAUACACAGCCAACUUGGUACGACAUCCUGAUACUGUUGCAGAUGAUUAUGGUGAUGAUGGUUAUGGAUACACAAAUCCUAAAGAUUUGGUUCAAUACGAUUUAAACAACAGCGGGCCAAGACAUACCCGUAGGGAUAGUUCUGAUACUAGAUCAUCUCGACCUACCAGCAUGUCCAGCUCUGCAGGAUUUGGUGAAGGUAUUCAGCCAAGAUCUCAUGACACUCGAGAGCGUGGUCCACCGCCAUCUACUCGGGGUUUUGAUAGGAUCCAAGCAUGGGAUACUAAACCAGCGCCUAUCCGAAUGCCCGUUCCUCAUGUUUCCUCCAUGGGACCAGUUCAACGUCCAGCACGCAUGGAUCUACCUGCAGGAUAUGAGAGUGAUGGACCUCACCGACGAAUCUCGACCCGAGGCCCGAAUUCCAUGUACCAGGAGAGAGAUAGCAGACAUCCCCAGCGAGAUGAAUAUUAUGACUCACGAGACGAAGAAAUGCGAGAGCGAAAACCACAUCAGAGAUAUGAGAGGUAUGACGACCCAAUUGAACAGCGUGGCUUUGGGUUACGUCUUGAAAGAUCUGAAAGACAGGAGAGACCGACUAGUCGAUCAGAGAGGCCAGUAAGCAGGGCGGAAAGAACAGAAAGAGCUGAGAAAAUUGAAAGAGUCGAAAGAUCCGAUAGACGCGAUAGAUCUCCACGAAAUGAGCGUGAAGAUGAUCGCCGCGAGAAGAAGUCUAGCACGCAGGAAAAGCUCGCAACAGGACUUAGCAUUGCUUCUGCCGCAUUUGGUAUCGGAGCUAUGGCAAAUACCAUAAAGUCUGAUGACCAUGAUGACAGAGACGAUGAAAGAAGACGUAAGGAUUACGGCGAUGAUUUACGCAGACGAAGCGAGCGUGGUGAUAAGGAGAUGGGGGAUAUCUCGAACGAACGUCGUCACAUUGAUUCCCGAGAUUCAUCUGAAUCGGACAGGCCAGGUCGUAAGGAAAGAAGGGGCAGAAAUGAUCACAAUGAGAGAGGAUCAAACGAAUCGGUUGAUAGAGAACCUAAAGAAAAACACCACAGAGAUAGAGGUGAGGUUACACCACCGCUACCUCCUCGUCGCCGCGAAGAAGAUGACGUAUAUCAACCCCGAAAAGAAAAAGGUCGAGAAGAAGUUUCACCAACUCCACGUGACGUUGCUAGAGAUAGCAAAGAUAGACGUUCUCCAGACAACGACUUUGUUGACUUAAGUGGCCGAAAUCCCAGUGAGAGACUAAACACUCAUGAUGAUCGACCUCAUAGUGAUGCAGCAACAAUUGGUACUGUCCAUGAUGCUCAUUCGGAUACCUCUGACGAAGCAACCAACCGUCACCGCAGACCUAGACGUAUCUCUGGAGCUGCAGCUGCACCAUUCAAUCCCCGAGAUACGAUGGAUUUGAAAGCACUAAAAGCUGCACUUGUAGACCAAGAUGCUCCUGCUGAUAAAGAGCCCGUAGCAGCACCAGUUCCUAAACAAUCUGCUCAAGAACCUACACUGGCACCAUUCAGCAAACCACUUGGUAGAAGGUCCAUCACCAAAGAUAUGAGUGAGGUGGCAGAAUUAAGAGCCGAACUCAAUCGUGAAGAACGAGGUCGCCGUGAACCACUAGCACCUACGACAACUGAAAAUAGACAGUUUCGAGUUGUCUCACCACCCAGAGAACCGGUCGAAGAGAAGCCCGAAAAACCUGUCAUCAAAGGUAUUUUGCGUCAACCACGUGAGAAAUUCCCCGAGGAUCCUGCUCCAAUUCGUGAGGGUGUCGCUCCAUUGAAAGAUGCCAAGAAAGAUGGUGUACCCCCAGAUGCACGUUGGACUAAGAUUGCCAGAAAGCUGGUCAAUCCAGCAGCAUUAGAAGUUGGAAAGGAACGAUUCGAAGCUAGAGAUGAUUUCGUGAUUGUGCUUCGAGUAUUGAGCCGCGAGGAGAUACAAGCUUACGCCACUGCUACUCAGCAAAUUCGAACCUCUAGAGAAGAAGAAGAUCGUGCUCGUCGUCGUGCAAGACGUGAAGCUCGCGGUGAAAGACGCAAUCGUGAUAGAGGUGAACAUGGUCGAAGUCGCCAUCAUCAUAGCGAGUCGGAUACUUCUGAGGAACAUGAAGAUGAUAAACCGAGAAUGCUAGAAGCUGCUCCUCCUGGAUCUAGCAAGCGAGCUAUUUUUGGAGAUGAUGCUUUGAUGAGUGGUGGAGUUGACUCUGGAGAUUGGGAUCGAGUUGAGGCUGGGAGAUGA